AUGGAUUUCUGUGAUGUGCUGAGCAAUCCUGUCUACAAUACUGCAACGACUAUCUAUGAGAAGGCCGAAAUGUACUUAAAUUUGAUGUGGCAGCCGACUGCUGCUGAUACUGCCAUCAUGGACUAUGCCAUUGGUAAGUGCUUAACUCGCUAUUCAUUCUUGUCUGUUACGGACUACUUCAUGUUUUCGAGUGUUAUGAAGGAACAUUGUCACUUAAUUAUAAAAAAAACAUGUUUCUGUGGGCUUUGA